AUGAAGUUUGUCGCUGUCCUCUUGGUGUUGACUCUUCAGCUUGGGAGUAACUACUCCUUGAUCAAUGGGACAGAUGUCGAUCCUGACGAUGCUGAGCUGUUGAUGGACUCCAAGCUAGAUGUCAAAAGGUGUUGUCCAUGUGGCUGGUAUAAACUGGGCCGCUUCUGUGUUAGAUAUUUCUCAAGGCCUCUCAGCUUUCCUGAUGCUGAAUUUCACUGUAGGAGAGCAUACCGUGGUGGUCACCUCGUCUCAGUGCAUUCUCCGUCGCAGAACAGACGUUUGCUCCAUAUCGUGAAGAGGUGCGCCGGGAGAAACCCUCGCUUCUGGAUCGGGGGGUUUGAGCUUUUCAAGUCUCGCCACUUUAUCUGGACAGAUGGCUCAUCUUGGUGUUAUAAUAACUGGGUUCCAGGAGAGCCAACCUUCGGUGGGGGCAAGGAGGCAUGCGUUGAGGUGAACUGGCACACAAUUGGGAAGUGGAAUGACCACACAUGCUACACCAAAAAGAGCUAUGUUUGUGCCUUUAGACGUCAUUGA